AACAAAACCACCGUAGACGGAGGUGAAAGAAAUCAAGAGAGAGAGGAGAAACAAAAAAAUCCCCCGUCUUUCCCCACUUUAUUCCUUUUCCGGCAAUAAAUCCGCCGUCGAUCCCUAAAACCACCGCUUAUGGAGGGCGUCGGAGCUCGUUUAGGCCGAUCUUCAAGCCGAUACGGCACAACUACCGUCUUCAACGGCCGCGUUAGAAAAUGGAAGAAAGAGUGGGUCCCAAUUGCCCCUUCUUCCUCCUCCUCUUCAAACAACUCAAAUAAUCAUAAUCAUAACAACAACCAUCAUCAUUCAUCUUCGAAUGGCUCUGUUAAUGGCAGUAAUGGCAACAGUGUAUCCCACCUACGUCUCUACAAGUGGGCCCCAGUUAAUAAAGAGAAUUCUAAUUCUAGUGAUAAUAGUAAUAGUAACAAUAAAAUUAGUAGUAGUAAUGAUAAUGAUAAUGGUGUUGGUGUUGCUAAUGGGAGUAAGGAUUCUUCUGCUGUUGACGACGUCGUUUCUGAGGAGCCUCCCAGAAGGAAAUUCAAGUAUAUUCCGAUUGCAGUGCUAGAGGAACAGAAAAAAGAAGCGGAAGAGAAUACUGACGAUGAUGAAGCUAAGCUAGCUGAAAGCGAUGACAAUGCAGAAGAAGAAGCUUCUAAGAGUGAUGGUAAUGGUGAAAAACCUGACAUCAAUGAUGUGCCCAUGGAAGAGAACCAGGAUGUUGAAGAGAACCAAACUGCACCAGAACGGCAAGAUUUGAAUGAAUUGGACUUGAGCCUAGGCUUGACAUCGCAUGAUGAGGAAUAGGAUUCUGACUCUAAGACAGACCCGAAAACAGAUGUUCAACUAGAAAGAGCAAAUUCCGGGGCAUGAACCAUAGAUACUAAAUCCAAUUAUUAUUGGGGAAUCGGCUUAGCCCUUUGUUAUUUGAUUGCGGGAACUGCAGGUUUUUUCUCUGGUGGUUGCGUUGUUAUGACCGACAAGUCAGGGAACUCGCCUGUUAAUGUAUUUUUUAGUCUUAUCUGAAAUUUCCAUUAACUGAGUUGAUUGUAUUUCUAACGGUAAUUGUGUACUACUAAAAAAAGAGUACUACAUUCUUCCAUUUUUCAACUGAUUGAUUUGUUUUUCUGAUGUUAUCUUUAUUGUUUCAGUGAAGAUAUAAGAAAAACUGUAGAAUGUACUAUGUUGUACUUAGUUAAUACAAAAACAUUUAUUGGUGUUUCUUUUCA